AUGCUGCGGGCGCCGACUGUGGCGAUGCGCUUCGCCAUCCUCUUAUCGCUGCUCUUCGGCCCCGGCUGGUCAGCUUUGGGCAAGACGCAGCCGGGGGAGCCUCCCAGCCCGCAGGAAGUGGUGAUCAAAGUUCAAGUCUAUGAAAAUGGAGAUUUAUCCCCACUUUCCCAGGCAGCUGUGGAAGUUUAUGGCAACCAAACAUCUUUAGCUUCAGGCACCACUGACCAUGAGGGUAUCAGUAUGCUCCCCAUCAGUUAUCGCUUGGGCACCUGGGUCCUUGUCAUGGCUUCCAAGCAUGGCUUUGUUACAAACUCUGUUCCUUGGCGUGUCAACAAACUACCACUCUAUGCUUCUGUAAGUCUCUAUCUGCUUCCAGAGCGUCCUGCAACACUUAUCCUUUAUGAUGACUUGAUACAAAUCCUUGUUGGUUCUCCAGGAGCUAAGAGCCAGCCAUGGGCACAGUUCCAGCGCAAAUCUGCUCGCCUGUCCCGCAGUUCCACCUACAGCCAGCUUUCAGCCACUUUGACUGCCGCCAGUGGUGGGCCAGACAUGAGAGGGUUCCCGUCCUUCAUCGGGGCUGAAAGUAAUGGCAGUGCUAGUAAUACGUGGUUGGAGUUGGUGCCUAUUGUUGCAGUCAGCGUUCAUCUCUUCACUGCAAAUAGUACAGAAGUCCAGCUUUCUGGCUCAGUCCAUCUCUCCAUCCCACUGCCCCUCAACACAGCUGCUGUAGCAAGUACCAGUGUGCCAGCCUGGCGGUUUGACCUCAAGAGAGGGCUGUGGAUCCGGAAUGGAACUGGACUCAUCCGGAAGGAGGGGAAUCAGCUUUACUGGACAUUUGUGUCUCCACAGUUGGGCUACUGGGCAGCCGCUUUGCUGUCUCCUGUAUCAGGGCUGGCGACUUCAACAACAGGAAUUAAAGAUAUUGCCACCUACCAUACUAUCUUUCUACUUACUAUCUUGGGUGCCCUGGCAUUGCUGGUCCUCAUUUUGCUCUGCCUGCUUAUCUACUAUUGCAGGAGACUAUGUCUCAAGCCACGCCAACAACAUAGAAAGCUUCAGCUUUCUGGGGUUCUGGAUGCAUCCAAGAAGGAUCAAGCUACAUCAAUGUCACAAAUUAAUCUUAUUUGCACUAGCCAUAUGGAGACAGCUUCAUCCAAUGGAGACAUAGAUGUGCAUACACCCAUCUUCAAAUCAGCCUUCUCCUCCUCCAGGGAGUUUGAGAGCUCCCGUGAGGAAUUCUUCAAGCAAGUGCCAAACCAGAAGAUUCGUCAUGCCAGCAAGGCCUCCACAAUAGAUACACUGAACCAGCGAGGUGGUGCCAAGGAUGACUAUCCCCGAAUGGUGGAGGGCUAUUCACUGAAGGCAGCCCGGUCCAUGGAUACCCCUGGCACACUAGAACCCCCUCUCUUGGACGAUUACAAGCGCAACUAUUCACAUCAGCGUGUAGAAGACAAGAGCAAUGAGACACUACGCAAACAAAUGCGGAAUGAUAGCAAGUCUUAUUUGCAGGAGCCCCCAUCACCACCACCUCUCCCAGCUCCUUUUGACCAUUAUAUGGCCCAUAAAGCGGAUGCCAAACCUCCUGAUUUCAUGAUGUCGCAGUCUGUAGACCACCUGGCCCGUCCCACCUCUCUGAGUCAACCUGGACAGCUAAUCUUCUGUGGUUCUAUUGACCAUAUGAAGGAUACAGUGUACCGAAAUGUCAUGCCAACUCUCGUAAUUCCUGCCCACUAUAUGCGCCUGGGUCCAACAGAGCAAACUACUACGGGCUCUGAAAAUCAACCAGAUAUGGACCCAACUGCCAUGGGACUCCCUCAUCAAUUUGGUCCCCAGGAACAACAGAGGCAGCAGCAGCUCCUCCAACAGCAGCUGCAACAUCCUCAGUUCCAACUACAACAACAUCAAGUGGAAGACCCGGAGGGGAAGGGUUGGGGACCCCACACACAAUCUGUUAGUGGUUCAGUUACCAUACCUGUGUUGCUGAAUGAGUCCACUAUGGCCCAACUGAAUGGGGAGCUACAGGCACUAACUGAGAAGAAGUUGCUGGAACUGGGUGUAAAGCCACAUCCACGAGCCUGGUUUGUAUCUCUGGAUGGACGUUCCUCUCAAGUCCGUCAUUCUUACAUUGAUCUCCAGGGCCCUGAGAGGAAUCGCAGCAAUGAUGCCAGUCUGGACUCAGGUGUGGAUGUCAAUGAAGCCAAGCCCACCAAACGCCUGAAGGAGGAGCGCAUGGGUCCAACAUACUCUAAACUGGUCUUUGCCGAUGCUGACACAGAACAAAGCAGCAGCGAGAGUCGCACUGCCGUUUGUUCUCCUGAGGACAACUCACUCACCCCUCUGCUGGAUGAAAACACUGACCACCGUGCUGCUACAAUUCCACGACAUGGGCGCAGCCGUGGCAACAGCUCUCGCAGCAGCAACAGCAAUAGCGAACUGCGCCGUGACUCAAUGACCAGCCCAGAGGAUGACAGCAAUGAACCUUCUGAAGGAACUGAUGACCAGGGAGACAAAAAGAGUCCAUGGCAGAAACGUGAGGAACGACCUCUCAUGGUCUUCAAUGUGAAGUAGUCAGCA